CACACUCUGGAGUCAGCCCUGUUCCAAAUCGAAUGCAAUCAUUUUCAGCCGGUGCAAACAUGUCUACACGUGCUUCCGGGCGAGAUUAAUCGAGCCCCCUCAUUGCUACCACUGUGCGUGCCCUAACAGUUGUGAUCAAAACAUAAACGAGUGCUGGUGGGUGCUGAGACUACGUUGUCCCAAACCGAGAGGAAAACGGAGUUGUUUGUGCAAACACGAAGUCCUACCAGUGAAAUUAUACCAUUGACAGAUUUGGGAUACCUUGAUUCAAGUACUGCAACUCUCUGUGCUGAUUUACCUGUAUCUCUGCCACGUGGGACAGAAGGGCUAGCUGAUGGGUCAGAGGUGACUGCAUGAGGAGGCGGAGUUAGGGGACCCUGGUCUGAACUUAGACCAAACCCAGUCACACUCCUAGACCAGAGAGGUCUGUUGACCUUGCCUCUCCUCUAGAGAUGACAGAGGGAUGAAGCGACGGGGGAGAGAUGGAGAAAGAGAGGGAUGGAAAGUGGAACGUGGGCUCCACGCCCCAGAUGGUGCUCUCCCUGUACUGUGUGCAGUUGGGCUUGCAAAACGACACACAUUUGCUGAUUUCUAGGAAAGCACACACUGGCUUCAGGUCCAUCCGAUCGUUCGCCAACGACGACUGCCACGUCAUGGCCAAGCAUGUCGACAUCUACCCUUCGCCAGAGGAGCUGGAGGCUGUCCAAAAGCUGGUGUCCACUGUGGAAUGUGCCCUCAAACAGGUGUCGGACUGGUUGGACAGCCUCAACGCCUCCCUAAGCAAGGCCCCAACCAUCACCACCACCGUCGACAUCAAGGCUGCUGGAGACUCUACAGGCAUCCAUGGCAGCACAAAGACCCAGAGUGUGUCGAUCCUGUGUGGGGUGAUGCGGGUGGGUCUUGUGGCUAAGGGCCUCCUGGUUAAAGGAGACAUGGAUUUGGAGCUGGUUCUGAUGUGCAGAGACAAACCCACCAAAUUACUUCUGUACACUGUUAGUGCCAACCUGCCCUUGCAACUACAGACGCUGACGGAGGACAAGUACGAGGUGCGGCCCAGCGUGUCGCAGUCCGCCAUCUGGGUGGUCAACAUCAACGACCCCAAAUUCUCCCUGAAGGUCACCCUGUCCUCACUGGCCAUGAGAGAUGAACACACUGCCAAAGACCAAGAGGAAGGUGUGGAGGUGGAGGGGCUUGAUGAGGUGCUGGACGGGCGGUGGUGCCAGGCUGCCCUGGCAACGCUCAGACACACCAAAUGGUUCCAGGCCAGAGUGACCGAUCUGAAGUCGUGUGUCAUCGUCAUGCGUAUUUUCAGAGACAUGUGCAACAGACUAACUGUGUGGGAGCCUCUCAAAGGAUGGCCCCUAGAGCUGAUCUGUGAGAAGGCCAUAGCCACCUGUAACCGACCUCUGGGGCCCGGAGAGGCCCUGCGCAGGGUCAUGGAGUGCAUCGCCUCAGGGAUCCUCCUCCCAGAUGGGCCGGGAGUUCACGACCCCUGUGAGAAGGAGCCAACAGACACCUUGUCAGUGAUCACAGGCCAACAGGCUCAGGCUAUCACUCACAAUGCACAGCAUGCGCUACGCCUCCUAGCCUUUGGACAGCUUUAUAAGGUCCUGAAUAUGAAUCCUCUCACUCCAACCAAACCGUCACACAGACUCUUCGGGUUAGACAAAGGAACCUGUCGUAAAAGGCAGCAUGAAGACAGACGCACUUACGACAGACAGCUCUUCAAGAGGAUGAAACACAACCUGAUGAGAGUUCUGGACAGUAACAGGAUGGACCCCAACCACUCCAUGACCGCCGUGAUAAGACUGAACCAGGUCCACCCAGGGCUGCAGUACAAGCUAUUGUCCCAGUCCGGCCCAGUCCACGCUCCAGUCUUCACCAUGUCUGUGGACGUCCACGGCACUGUCUACGAGGCUUCCGGCGCCUCCAAGAAGACGGCCAAACUACAAGUAGCACUUAAGGUCCUACAGGCACUAGGUUACCCAGCUGACCUCGAUGUGGACCUGGACUCCCUGAGUGCUGACGAGAGGUCUGACGGCGAGGGACGCAACCAUAGAAGUGAUAGAAAUGACAGGAUCUCCACCAGCUCCAGCAGAAACUCUGUCACCUCCUCCACAGACGCACACGAGUCCCGCACCCCAGGCCCUCUCCUUACGGCAGGGGGCAAGAACCCAGUGAUGGAGCUGAAUGAGAAACGCAGAGGCCUGAAGUACGAACUCCUAUCAGAGACCGGCGGCAGCUGCGACAAACGCUUCAUCAUGGAGGUGGAGGUUGAUAAACAGAAGUUCCGAGGCUCAGGGCCCAAUAAGAAAGCGGCGAAGGCUUGCGCUGCCCUGGCUGCUCUGAAGAGACUAUUCUCUGACUCCAAAGACCCCCGCAACAAGAAGAGGAGACCCACCACACUGGUGAAGAGAACUGUGUCAUCAACUGUGACUAUCCCAGCCUGUGCCCAUUCCAGGCCUAGAACAAGGCCAGUGAUGCAUAGAACACCCUACAUCAGCGCUCCCCCCACCCAUGGCUACCUCCCAAUAGGCUAUGGAGCUCCAUAUGGUUAUGGUACUGCAGCUUCCCUCCCUGCCUAUGGUUUUCUCUCGAGGAUGCCUUCAGCAAUGUUCCCUGUCAUGAGAUUGUCCCCAGCCUCUCCUGUUUUCUGCCACUACUACCCAUUUUAGGAUGGGUGUUAACCCCCAUGUGUACAACUCAGACAGGGAACCUUUAGAAAUAUAUAUGAUUUAUUUUAGUUUUGUAUGAUGUAUAUUUUUAUAGGUACAAAAAUGGUUGAAUGCAUAGUGACAUUAAUCUUGUUCAUCGGAUAGUGAUUGUCCACAAAUGUUUGUUAUAGAUUAAGCACUAAAUACUUAAGUUUAA